CCCGCCCCCGCCCCUCCGGUCGUCCUGCCGCCGAUGCCCCCUGCUCCGGUAUCCUUCGCCCCUUCCUUCCGGCCGCUGGGUGCACCGCCCCCGCCGCAGGUGCAGCAGUACGGUGCUAUACGUAAUCCGGGCUACCUGAUGGGACAGCCGAUGCAGCCGCCAGGCGUGCACCACGUGAUGCGUCCGCCGACCAUGUACGCGCCCCAGCCGGGUCCGUACAUGCAGCAGCCGGGCGUCGCCGUUCCUCCCGCGGUGGUCGUGCCGGCCGUUACUCCCUUCAGCGAGAGGUCCCGGCUCAUGUUUGAUUCUGCUGCUCUAACUGAAGCUAUAACAGAUCAUUUUCUCCCUCACUGCAUGUGAUCCUUCGACAAUGGGUUGUUCAAAAAAUGGGCUAAGUGCAAUGCAAUGGUGUGAGCUAUCCCAAGUUUUGCAAAUAACCAAUACAAGUACGUUAUCCUGCCUAAUGGGCGCUAAGAGGUAAGGUUAGCUUUCCCUAGUUCUUAUUUUAUUUGAAAAUAAUAUUGUUUUUCUGUCGAUGUUCAUCCCGGUUAUUCUGAAUAUGCAAGAUACCUGCUUAUCUAGUGCUGCUCUUCUUUCCUUGUCUUAUGCUAGCUUACAUAUUUUUAAAGGAUUAGUGUAUGCUCUGUUUUCUGGACUGUUACUAAUGUGGCAGCAUAGAUGUUUGUUUGUUUCUCUCUUCAGGUGUGCAUCGUUUUGCUGGACCAUAUACUAUGAUGCGUCCAUGUUUUCCUCCACGCCCAAUGCCUCCUGUUGGUGUUGUGCAAAUUCAACGGCCAGCAACAAUUCCUGGAAUUCGUGGUGCUCCUCCUAUGGUAGCCCCUCCUGCCAGACCGCCUGCUCCAGCUGUCACACCCGUUGACAAACCACCAACUGCAGUUUAUGUCGGGAAGAUCGCCCCAACAGUGGACAAUGGUUUGCUUCUUUCACUUCUUCGGAUUUGUGGACCUGUCAAGAGUUGGAAGCGCACCCAAAAUCCAAGUAAUGGCAAACCAGUAGCGUUUGGCUUUUGUGAGUUUGAAUCUGCUGAAGGCAUCCUUCGUGCGACGCGGUUGCUGAACAAAUUGAGCAUUGAUGGGCAAGAACUGGUGGUUAAUAUUAAUGAUGCCACCAAAGAGUACCUGAAGAAACAUGUUGAAGAAAAGAAGAAGGUACAUGAGAACACCAAAAAGGAGGAACAUGAAGGUGGGGAUGGGACUUCUGCUGUUGCUGAAAAUGAAUCAUUGAAGCUUGUUUCUGGUAAAACAGAUGAAACAGAAGAUUCCGGAGAUAAGGAUAGUGAAGAAAACACCAAGAAAUUUGGGAUUGUUACAAAUGAAGAUUCUGAGGCUGAUAAGGCUGCUGCAGAACUAAUAAACAGUAUUAUUGAAGAGUGGUUAAAGACUCGACCCCUGCCGCCGCCACCACCACCCCUGCCGGUUCAACCAUCUGCUGACAUCUCAUCCAAACAUAAUAACGGGGAGUCUGUUGUCGACAUGGCAAUGACUGAUUCUGAAGAUAAUGAUGAUUGUGUUGACAAAAGGACAGUUGGUGAAACUGAAAAGACAGAAAAUGACUCUCUUGAUAGGAGGAAAGAUAAAGAGCAUGAUAAGGAGAAGCAGGAAAAGGAAAAAGAACUUCAAAGAUAUGAGCGUGAGCGUGAGCGAGAAAGAGUCAGGAGGGAUAGAGAUAAGGAACUCAAGCAUAGAGAAGUGGAAAGGCUGUACAAAGAUCACCUUAAAGAGUGGGAAUCCAGGGAGAGAGAUAAAGAAUAUCAAAGACAAUACGAGAAGGACCGUGAGAAGGAAAAAGAACGUGAACGCAAAAGGGAGAUCAUGAAGCAGGAAGAUGAAAGCGACGAAGAGGAUUCGAGGAAAAGAAGACGAAGGAACAGUAACACACUUGAAGAGAGGAAAAGGCGGAGGCAACGCGAAAAGCAGGAAGACUUGGCGGACAAAUUAAAAGAGGAACAGGAAAUUGCUGAAGCAAGGAGGCGUGCAAUAGAGCUGCAACAGCAGGCAGAUGAAGCAGCUGCGGCAGAGUCUGCUAUAUUUAUGGAGGUUGAUGGUGAUGACGGGAAGGAAGCAGAUGCACCAAACAAGCCGAUUGUUUCAGAUGAUGAUAAUGUUGUCAGCAGUGCUAAUGGUGUUGAUGCAGAUGAUGGCAAAACUCAUAAGGACUGUAACGGUGAUGAAGCAAGUAUGGUACCUGGUCAAAUUCUAGAUAUCAAACAAAAUAUCAAUGCUCCAGCAAAAAAGUUGGGUUUUGGUUUGAUUGGCUCUGGUAAACGGACAUCUGUUCCAUCAGUUUUUGCUGAAGAGGAUGACGAUGAUAAUAAGGAUAAACGGAUAAGACCUUUAGUACCUAUUGAUUACUCCACUGAGGAAUUGCAAGCUGUGGAGGCGGAUUCUUAUUCUGAUCAACCCAAUAAUAUUGUAGCAGCUGCUGAGUUUGCUAAGCGCAUCUUGGUAUCUAAUCAAAAGGAAGAGCAGCCUGAAACCGAAAGGAGUAGGAGAGCCAUUGAUAGAUCGACCCUAAGGGAUAAGAGUCGAAAUGAUGAAGAUGGUGCACGUCUUGGUGAUGACAGAAGAGAAAUGAUGCAUGAUCGAGACAAUGAUAAGCCCAAGUUAGAGAACAAGAAAGUUUUGGAUGCAAAACAAUUGAUUGACAUGAUUCCGAGGACAAAGGAAGAGCUUUUUUCCUAUGAUAUUAAUUGGGCAAUAUAUGAGAAGCAUGAGUUGCAUGAUAGAAUGAGGCCUUGGAUCUCGAAAAAGAUAAUCGAAUUUCUUGGUGAGGAGGAAUCGACUUUGGUGGAAUAUAUUGUCUCGUGCACCAAAGAUCAUGUCCAUGCAGCGAAAAUGCUGGAGCUCCUACAGUCAAUUUUGGACGUCGAGGCUGAAAUGUUUGUCCUUAAGAUGUGGAGGAUGCUAAUAUUUGAAAUUAAGAAAGUUGAAGCAGGACUAUCAGUAAGAGGGAAGGCUUGAAGUUGAGGCAACUGUCUUGUAUAACAUUUUCUGCUUUUUGUCUGCAACUGUUUUCUUACUUCUAAGCUUAUGUUGUAAGACAGCUGCUGUAAACAUUUGAGUGAGAUCGAAUUACUGGUUCCCAUAUGUUCUGAUGUCUAUUUUAGAAAUGUAUACAUAAACUGUUGAUGCUCAAUAUUUGAUCUGAAA